AUGGCUACCAAGACUACGACGGUAACCGUAAGUCGCGCCACAAGGAGCAAGCGCCCGGAAGCCACCAGUACGACGAAGACCGGACACGAAACUAUCUCGGGAGACACGAAGAAGGGCAGGAAGGCAAAACAGGACAUUCCUCAACGGAAUGCGAAUCCGCGCAAUGUCCCCGCGAUGGACGGCGCAGUUACAGCAGGGAGUAGUACGACGCCCGAGCAGGGUGCUACCCCCGGUAAGCAAACGACGAAGCUCGAGAAAGGUACUGCAGACAAGGCUGUCUCUGCAAGUACCAGCGAGAAGGUGCCGAGUUUAAUGUCAUCCAAGUCGACGAAGGCAAGCAUCCGACUCUUACAGCCCCCGUAUGAUGGUGUGACACAUGUCCAUGGCAGGUUGGAAAACCAGGGAAUGACGAACGACGAGCACCCUGCUCAGAAUCCGACGCCACACGAUGACCAGACGGUACCGGUAGUGAAGUUGGCGCCGACGACGACGGGAAGCGCAAGCUCGCGGCCGCUCAGUUCCGCCAAUGGCCAUGCAAGUGAACAGAAGAGCGCUAUCAUGGAUACUUCCUCAAAAACUGCUUCAAGUCUCCCUAUAACAGAGGAGCACGAAGCACCUACGCAAGAUGCCGUGCCAGUCAGGCGGCUACCUUUCCGAUGUAGGCCGUGGGAUGCUCGCGGAAGCUGCCCAAAAGCAAACGAGAAUCUGGUAGAGAGGAAUUCUCUGGAUGCCAAGGGAAAUGAUUCGAACAACCCCGUGAAGACUACGUCGCCACAACCCGCGCAGAUAGAUCAGACCAAGCCAGUCGCAGAGAAGCAGACGAGGUCUUUGUCAGAGGAUCCUCUGCCCCAGCUUGCGGAGCCGUCGACUGAAGACUCUAAGCAAGGGGCGGACGCAGCCCCAGCAGCUGUGUCGACAUCGAAGGCAAGCGCCGAACCUUGUCGAUUAUAUCUGGCUCGUCGCUGCUUCUAUGGCUCGAGGUGUCGCUUCCUCCAUGUGCGUCCCGGACCCUCGGAACCUAGCGUUACAUCACAGUGCUCUCCAACUACUACCGAACCUUCGCAUGAUGCCCCCUCGUCAGAUCCAGUCUCCCCGGAGGAACUGACGACGUCAAUACCGGAGAAAGCGCCAGAGCAGACCACCGUCACUCCCCUGCCAGCGGUGCAAUCCACUUCGAAAGAUCGGAAUCUGGGCAUAGCGGAUCUUCACUCGAAGCCGCUCAUCGACAAGAGGAUGGGAAACGGGCGGGCUUCAGGGUCGAGAUCCAUAGUGAGCAGACUCAUCGACGGUCGUCCGGCUAGGCAUGCGGAUGAAAUAUGCGGGAAAUUCCAGAAAGGACAAUGCGAAUACGGCGAGCACUGUAUCUUCAUUCAUACGCUCAUAGAGGAUAGGCGACCCGCGCGGGAAACGCGAGAAAUAUGCAAGGAUUACCUGCAUGGGCUUUGUGUCUAUCAAGCCAGAUGUUUCCGCUACCACAUCGAUGUGGAUGAUGUGGAUGGUGCGGCUUCAGUCACUACGCCAUCGGGUGCCACCGUGGCGGAGCCUUCGUUGCAAUCGUCGCAGGUAGAGGCGACUGUACCUGUGACGGUUGCGGACAACGGUUCUAGCCACCGCGAGCAUGGUAACACAUUUGUCCCGAAGGAGCCGCCGCGUUUUGUGUUGUUAGAGGAGCAGAUGGAUCACAGGCCAGCACGAGUCUUGAACACCGUGUGUCAGGUGUAUUACUACCACGGCAGAUGCAAGUAUGGCGAUGACUGCGAGCGAACGCAUGCACUGCCAGAACGGUAUGCGCGACCCUCAAAUGUACACGAAGCGAAGGUGUGCAACCGCAUAUCCGAAUCACCGCCUCCGCCAGAACUGCCUAAGACGUGCACGUCCACGCGUUCUCGUUCACGGCAGGAGGUUCAGAGACGACCCCUGGCAGAUGUGCCUAGUACAUCCGCGAACUUGCCUACUCCGCCAGUGAGCCCCCCACGAAGGCAGACUGGGAAGGGCACAACGGCCCACGACCUCCUCCAUAACAUUCAAACUGAAACGACUCAUCAGCAGUUUGAUGGUGAUGCCUACAACUCGUCUGAAAGGUCGUCUCACUUGAACACGAGCGGUGAAUCCGCGAAGUUGAGGAAUGACAAGUCCAGAGUCACUUACCCACCAGAUUUGGGCGAAGCCGCGCUCCAUGAAACGCGACAGGAUGUGCAUUCGCGCAAUCUCUUGCAUUUGUUCUUUGGGGGUGAGCAAAGUUCCAAGCAAUCCAAUGUUGGCCCACGCCUGUGGUCGUCGAUGAAUGAGCGUAAGAUUAUGGACAACAAUGGCAACGCUCGUCGUAGCCGACUGCCGGUGCACCGCGAGAGUCUCCCAUCCGACUCCUCCAGUCCACGAUACGAAACCAAUGGAAGUGCGUCCAUGGAAUCUUCUCAAACAUCCGUGGAAUCUUCUCAAACAUCGUGGUCAUCACUCGCCGCUCCGCGCACGCCUCCCAGUUUCGCUGGCCCACGGACAGAGAUACUGCCUCAAGAUCGUAGAGCGGUAGAGAACGCAGACUAUGCUGUAGCACACCCUGCCAAGGGAGAGAUACGGUCAGAACGUGGGAUCGCCGCACCGCUUGCUGGUCCGUCUCGUCAAGUGAAUGUGCUUGGGAGCACAGUGCGUUCGCGGAAGCCACCACAGACUGAGCCGGUUCUUCAAGGCGUACAGUCGGAAAUACCGCUGGUUCCACCGGGCCUCGGCCUGGAGAACGUCGCGUCUCUUACGUCGUCCGAUCCGCCACGCACGGAGCUCCCUGAGACUCGCCGAGCGCCGAUGAACAUCACAUUGACGAUCCUUAACGGAACCAGAGUCACGUACGGUCCCGGCUUCGAGGUCUGCUCGGUGGUGACAGGCUUCGAGCCUCGACAGAUCGUCUUGAGCAAUCUGCCGCGCAGAAUUACCCCUGCGGCUAUUACUGCCGCCCUAGAGCCUUUUGGAGCUGUCAUUUCGGUCGUUGUCUCCAUCAAGGCGAACGAGUGCAGGAAGGGCACAGCCAUGGCUCGAGUGACCUUCGCCGCUCCUGGCCAAGCACUCCAGGCCGUGUCGUCGUUGGACGAUGCGCAUCUAUUCGACAAAAACGUCACUGCGCGGCUUCUGACCGGACGAGAUUCAAUGCCCGGGAAAGCGAGACUCACAGACGGGGACGUGCUAUUGGAGUUCCCCUGCCCUUACAGAGUUGCCUACGUUGGCUAUCCAUCUCGCGCUGUGGCAGAAGAAGCCAUAGCCAAAGCCAACGGCACGGAGUUCAGAGGCAACUGGGUGACCGCCAAGGUACACGAGGGCCUUCCCCGCGUUGGUAGCUGUACGGUUCAGCUCCGCGGCCUCCCGGUCGAUGUAGAGCUCAAGGACCUCGCUCGAUAUGGGAAAUUCGAGGACGGCAUGCUCCAACGGCCCAAUUACACCUCGCUGCAGUCGGCCAUUCACCGUCUCAGUGACAAGCUGGAGAAGGCUGGUGAUCUGAUAACGUUCAAUAUCCUCCCACCUCCGUACAAACGCUGCACGGUCCGUGCGUACGCGCAUUUCGAUUCCUAUGCCGCGGCUCAACGCGUUCGCGCACAACUGCACAAGACCGUCCAAUCAUUCUGUGGCAACGGCACGCUCUAUGCCACACACACUCCCAUGUUGGAGUACACCUUGCCUCCCGGCGUCUUUGACGCGCUAGCUACCGAUAUUCGCCUCUUCAAUUCUUACGUAUGGAGGUCCUAUGAACGCGGCAGUAGCAUCUCCAUUGUGGACAGGAGGAACUCGCCGGACUCUACGUUGCCCGUCCUGGUUAAGCUUGCGUCCCAAGACAUGCGGUCUUUGACGAGGAUGAAGGCCCAUUUCGAACACCUCUUACGAGGAGAUAAGGUGACACAGAACGGCGAGGUUGUGUGGGAUGGCUUUUUCAGUCGAGGUGGAGGUGCUCAAUAUCUGGAGGAACUCGAGCGGCGCUACGCAGGUGUUCUGGUCAACAAGGACCCCCGGAAGCGGGUGCUCUCACUUUUCGGGCCCGCUGAGAAACGUGACGCUAUCCGUGCGGAGAUCCUAGCAAAGGUUGCACAACUGCGAAAGCAGAAGACGCACGUCAUUCCUCUCCCAGGCCGUCUCAUCGGUCUCUUCCAUCACUCGGAUCUGGCUGCUCUACGGCGUCAGUACGGCCAGGAGAAUGUUGACCUCGAUCCGUGGGCACGCGUGCUCAAGAUACGAGGUGAAGAUGAGGCUCAUGAGGCGGCUCUUCUCGCUGUCAAGCGAGCUCGUGAUCGUCAUUCCGGAGAGAGGCAGCGACAUGGGGUGGAGUGUCCCGUAUGCUUCGACGAGGUGACCAGUCCCGUCAAGCUUGACUGUGGGCAUACAUGGUGCAAGUCCUGUCUACAGGGCUACCUCCGCGCGUCAGUCGAGAGCAAGACGUUCCCACUCUCCUGCCUUGGGGAUGAAGCCCGCUGCUCGCAUCUCAUACCGAUUGGCCUCGCUCAGGACAUUCUUUCGUCGAAAGACUUCGAAGAUGUCGUGCACGCUUCUUUCCGCGCCUAUGUCCACUCGCGUCCACUGGAGUACCAUUAUUGUCCGACCCGAGAUUGCGAGCAGGUCUACCGUGUUGGGUCAGAUAACAGUGUGCUGCAAUGCCCAUCGUGCCUCAUCCGCAUCUGUCCGAAAUGCCACGCGGAGUACCAUGAAGAGAGAAGUUGCCGGUAUAACGAGACGGUCAGCCAGCUACUCUUCGAUGAAUGGAAGGGAGGCCACGACGUCAAGGAUUGUCCGAAGUGCAAGACGGCGAUCGAGCGCGAAGCAGGCUGCAAUCAUAUGACCUGCACACGAUGCAAUACUCACAUCUGCUGGGCAUGCCUUUCCACAUUCGACAACUCAGGAGAAGUCUACGAGCACAUGCGUUUGAUACACGGAGGGAUAGGUUUGUGA